AUGUGUUAUAUAGGAAUCGGUGCAGUGUACGUUGUAUUCAUAUCUGGGAUAAUACAAAAAUCUUUUGAUUCUGAAAGAAUCCUAGAUCAAGAGUAUUACGCCUUGUUCCUGUUCCCACUCUGCUUUGUAAUAAACAUGAUGAAAUAUUUACACGACAUCGCGGUUAUUUCCAUUUUUGGUAAUUUAUUGCUCUUUACUGCUGCCAUGAUUGGCGCACUAUACGCUGUGAAAGAUGGAAUUGGCGAAAAGUGGGUCAUGAUUGGCUCGGACAUGUAUUUGUAUCCGAAAUUCGUCGGAACUGUUCUCUUCAGCAUGAGUUCUCCUGGAAUAGUAAGUUUUCACCUAUAUUCAGUGCAAAAGCCAUGGAAUUACACGAAAUUCAGCGGAGUAUUAAACCACGCUAUGAUGCACAUAACUCUUCUGCAUACUUUUAUCGAUGUUGUUGGUUACCUGAAAUGGGGCUGCGACUCAGGAGGCAAUUUCAUUCGAAACCAUCCAGUAAACGAUCUGAGAACAAUAUCUGCAUUCGUGAUGCAGGGUCUAUCGAUAUAUUUCAUAUAUGGAUUACAAUGCUAUAUGCCAAUUAUUAUCUUAUUGGACGAGUAUAUUAUUCUAGCACUUAAUAAAAAGUCAAUCUACGGAACUUCAUGUGGUUGGAAUCUGACAGUUCGUUUGGGCAUCAGCCUAAUUACGUGUUUGUUGGCAGCGAUAAUUCCUAAAUUGGAUUUAUUCAUCGCUGUGGUAGGAGCUGUUUGUUCAUCGACUUUAUCAACCAUUAUUCCAAUUACUCUGUAUAUUCUGAUACAUUACAACAAUUAUGGCACGCUGAAAUGGAAAUUAAUUUUAGGCUUGUCUCUGUUGAUUGUUGCAUUCUUUGUCACAUUGUGUGCCAUCGUAGUCAAUAUAAUUUUGAUUGCCGAAUAUUUCAGAAGCAGGAAGUUAGUAUUAAGGUUAAAACUCUUAGAGCCAAAGAGCCAUAAAAGCCAAAAUAUGUAA